AUGUUCGAUGAGCUUGUUGAGAUGCACCGGGUCACCAGUUGGCUUGCAGCUUUAGCCGAGCUAAUGCAUUUGCAGCCUAGCUCAGCAGUGAAUGCAAAAUCUCUGCGAGCCUCUUGUGCAGUUACUCCGUUGCAUUGCUCCAGGACUGGAUCUGAGUAUCGAGUGGCUGCUGCUGCUUUGCAGAUCACAAAUGCACCAUAA